GCAAUCGAGGAAAACAAUCAUUUUUUUCCCGCCCAAUUUCGAGCAUUCUUUAGUUUUUGCCAACAAUUAUAAAUUCGCAAAAUGGUUGUGACGCCAGGAAAAGAACUGGUUGCUGCCCAGGAGAAGGUGGACAAGGAGGAGCGACCGGAGCAGCAGGCGGCGCCGCCGGUCAACCGGGAUGAGGAGCAGUACCUGAAUCUUCUGAGGAACAUCAUCGCGAAUGGCGAGCGGCGCACGGAUCGCACGGAGGUGGGCACGCUGUCCCUGUUCGGCAGCCAGAUGCGCUUCAACAUGCGCGAAUCCUUCCCCCUGCUGACCACCAAGCGCGUCUUCUUCCGCGCGGUGGCCGAGGAGCUGCUCUGGUUUGUGGCUGGCCAGACGGACGCCAAGCUGCUGCAGGCCAAGAACGUUCAUAUCUGGGAUGGGAACAGCACCCGGGAGUUCCUGGACAAGCUGGGCCACACGGAGCGCGCCGUGGGCGACCUCGGCCCGGUAUAUGGCUUCCAGUGGCGUCAUUUUGGGGCGGAGUACGGCACCUGCGACGACGAUUACAGUGGCAAGGGCAUCGACCAGCUGCGUCAGGUGAUCGAGACUAUCAAGAAUAAUCCCUCGGACAGGCGCAUCAUUAUGUCCGCAUGGAAUCCGCUGGACAUACCCAAGAUGGCCCUGCCGCCGUGCCACUGCCUGGCCCAGUUCUACGUCUCGCAGACGCGCGGUGAGCUCUCCUGCCAGCUGUACCAGCGGAGCGCCGACAUGGGACUGGGCGUGCCCUUCAACAUCGCCUCCUACGCCCUGCUCACCCACAUGAUCGCCCAUGUGACGGGUCUAAAGCCAGGAGACUUUGUACACACCAUGGGCGACACGCAUGUCUACCUAAAUCAUGUGGAGCCGCUGCGCGAGCAGCUGGAGCGUAAGCCGCGUCCCUUCCCCAAGCUGGUGAUCAAGCGGCAGGUGCAGGACAUCGAGGAUUUCCGCUUCGAGGACUUCGAGAUAGUCGGCUACAAUCCAUACCCCAAGAUCAAGAUGGAAAUGGCCGUGUAAGGGGCCUAAUUUGUUCAAUCUAUCCAAAUUAUUCUUAUCUCAAAUACAGUAGCUCAACGCGACGAGCAAGUGAUCCCAUUGUAAAUGUCACAACAACAAUUUUUUAAUUAUAAAAUGUUAACAAAAACUUUAUAACACGAUUUUAAGUAAAUAUUUUCUAUUUAA